CUUUAGUGAACCCGUAUUGUUGGUCAUGGAAAAUACCAUUAAUGUUAAAGUGACGUAGCAUCUGGGUGAGCAUUAGUCUUUCAAAAACUUUGCUAAGCACUGGUAAAAUAGAGACCGGCCUAUAGUUGUUGGGUUCUGCACUGUCACCGGAUUUAAACAAUGGAAUCACUUUACUAUGUUUCAUUAAAUCCGGGAAAAUUCCUUGAUCUAUACCUUUAUUAAAGAUGAAAGCCAAAUGAGGUGCUAUAGUUUCUAUAAAAGACCGACACAUCCUAACCGACAUUCCCCAGAGAUCUUCAGUCGAUUUAACUUUAAUAUCAUUAAACGCUUUAAUGACUGCGUGAGGGUUGGUGUACUGAAAACGAAAAACAGAAGAGCAUUCUGUAACAUUGCUUUUAAGAAGCUCAACAGAGAGAGAUGGCGAUGAUUUUAACGUUUCCGUGGUUUUAUGUGGUUCCUUUAUGUUGCCAGGCACAUAAAAUAUGGAAUAUCCAUAGACUACAAGGUGGAUAUAUCAAAAAUUUUGUCUUAUCCAAUUACCCCAGUGCCAUUAUCAAUGUGCCAUUUAGAUGGAAAUAUUUGCAAAACAGAUAAAUCAGCAUUGAUGAAGUUCUUGGAAAAAGAGGUACAGCAUGAGCAUCCACGUCAUGUUGACGUAUUGAUAGUAGAUGGUUUUUUUCUAAUACACACAAUGAAAAACGUUCCAAAAAAAUUUGGAAGUAUUUCGAAGAAAAUGAUGCAAAUGGUUACUCAGUUACAAGCAUUGAGGAUUGACGUUAUUUUCGACCAAUACCUAACACCAUCAAUUAAGGAUUAUGAACAUUCCCAACGGUUUGAGUCCGCACAAUUACCGUACUGCAUAUCUGGACCUGAACAAGUUCGACCCAGUGAUUUCUUGAAAGAAUUGAAAAACUCUAAUUUUAAAGAAGCUCUUGUCAAUUUCUUUAUAUUACAUUGGGCUACUGAUGAAAUGGCGCCCUUUAUUGGUAACAAAACUAUAUAUAUAAACUUUAAAAAAUGCCAUUCUUUCAGCGUUAAUAACUCCAAGAAAGUUGUAUCAAGUAUUUAUGAUGAAUUAUCAUGUCCGGAACAUGAAGAAGCUGACACCAAGAUAAUAUACCACGUGUGCAACAUCAACUAUCCAGCGAAUAUAGUUAUUCGAAGUGUUGACACAGAUAUUAUUGCCAUAAUGCUUGGUCACAUGCACCGCCUACGAGAUGAUUCGUUCGUUUGGAUGCUCACAGGAACUGGUAAUAACUUAAGAUAUGUGAACCUGACGAAGAUACACUCAGAGUUAGGAGAAUCUAUGUGUCGAAGCCUACCUGGAUUUCAUGCAAUCACAGGAUGUGAUUACAAUCCUGCAUUUUUCAGGAAAGGAAAAUUGAAAGCGUACAAACUAUUAAAAAAUUGCGAUGAAUUCCAGAAAGCUUUCAUGAAGUUUGGCGACAGUGAAGUAUUUGAAAAUUAUGAUGAACAAGAAAACGUCUUUAAUACCAUUCAGCGAUAUAUAUGCAAUUUAUAUAGUGUUGGUAAUAUUAUUGAUGUUGAUACAGCAAGAUUCCAAAUGUUUAUAGAUUCUUAUACAGUCUCUGAUGUCAACGAGGCAUUUAAUCGAAAAAAAUUACGAAAUUUCGAUGCCAGCAGUUUGCCACCUUGUAAAAGUGAGCUAUCUCAGCAAUUUUUGCGAGCAAAUUAUAUUUGUACCAUUUGGAAUAAUGCUCACCUGAAGAAACCAACAACAUACAAACCAGAAAAUAAUGGUUGGAUCCUGCAAAAUGAUCAAUAUCAUUUUAAAUGGUUUGAAGGUGAUCAGCUACCAAACUACGUCAGUGAUUCUCUAACAACUGUAUCAGAAACUGGCGAAGAAGAAGACGAUAUUGAUAACGACCAACCCAUAGAUUGGAGCAGUGAUGAUGAAGACACUCAAGAUAUCGACGACUACGAUGACAAUAAUUAAAUAUACUCUUUUUUAUUAAUAAAAUAUCUUUGAAAUGUUUUUGAAUUAAUUAUGAUUCCUAAACACGAAAAUUUUAUAAAAGAAUUUUCUAAACAUUUAUUCGUUGAUUGAAU